ACGUGGCAAGGAGGAGUGGAAAAGUCCCCGUCUCUUUUCGCAUUGGUUCCUCCGCAGCGCCGGAGAUCGUAGCCGUGUGACCGCGCUGGCGAAGAGAAAGCCCGCCUGGUCAGCUCGGAGGGCGGCAGGGUAGCGGCUUUGUCUCCGGAGCCGCUUCCCUCCCGUCCGGGGCGGCAGUUGGAGUAGAAAAGACCGGGCAAGUUAAGCGGCAGCGGCGACGCAGGUGGAGAAAGAGGGCAUGGCGGACAACGACCCGCCGAGCGCCAAGGAGCUCUCUCAGUUUGCAGAAAAUCUCCUACAACAGCUGCAAGAAAACUUUGAAGACCUGACUGAUAAAUUAUCUCUACAAAUGGAUGAGAUGGGUGAACGAAUAAAUGAUUUGGAAAAGCAUGUUGCUGAACUAAUGGCUGAAGCUGGAAUAGAAAAUACUAGUGAAGAUUCUGAACGGUGAGAUUCUGGUUUUAUAUAAACUUGUCACAAUAGCUAAAAAUCUGGUAUGUCAAUAAUUUCCCAUAACCAAUUCAAAAGGGGUAGGAAAUUCCUCCUUUAAAACAAAUUCUUCUUUGCAUUAAUAGAAGCACACGAACACAGCUAGCUUAUGGUAAGAACUUCCACAACUGAAACUCAGUGUUUGAUGAAUCCAUAGAAUCACACAUCGUUUGCACUAUCUUCUUUCAACUUCCCAGUCUAACCUAUUAAUCUAAAAAUUUAGCAGAUCCAUCUUUGCUUAGCUUUUAAAAACUCAGGCACAACAUAUUUGUUAAGUUCGGGAAGUAACGAGGCUGGAGACCAGGGUAGUGACAACAGCUCUUUAAUAUAGGGUGAACCCAGCAACAGGCUGGGAGAAAAACCUCUCCUUUUAUACAGUUCUCUUGGAGGCUUCGUCCAAUCAGCAACGUGCUGAUUUCCCGCUCAAAUAUUUAAAGGUACAAACAUAAAUACAUAACACUCCUCCCCUCCCAGAAAACACUAGUUCCUAUUUACAUAUCUAUUUACAUGUUAUUUUUCGACGUAGUCACGCAAA